AUGAAAUUGGCAAUGGAUCGAGCUGAUAUUCCCCUUGAAGAGCCUCUGACCAGAGAACUGAAGCUCGAGGUCAAAUUACAACUAGAAGAAUACUGGAAAUUUCAUCGACGAGAUCUCAUGUUUCGAAGAAACACCAAAUUGUCCUGGGUUCUCACUGAAAAUAUGAUAACUCUGGAUGAAGCUACUCCCCAGCUGAAGCCUAACAAACUCAGCCGCUUUUGCAAUAAGCCUACAACGCUCUACCUUUCACCAUCGGGGCAGCGAAACAAUGUUUGCCCUACGAUAAUUCUCGGUUGCAUCUACAAAGACUGGUUUCUCCGUUACGACAACGAACCUAACUUCGAAUUUGGUCGUUUCUUUGCAGGCCCGGUUCGGAUCACUUCUACUGGUCCUCAAGCAGUGGUAGAUAUUGUUCGAUCUCACAAAUCCCUCUGCGACCAAGCAUCCUGGCUCCUCACAAGUCUAGACCGAGGGGAGAAGCCUUCUCCAUGUUGUAAACUCACCACACAGACUCACAAACUGCUCCCACUAUGCAGAGCCAUCAUUCUCGUCCUCGACGAGCUGGAUGAAGAUGUAAAGGAAGAUGAGGACCGGCGCAUCAGUCUCGAUGAGUACUCUCAGGCACAAAGCGUAUUGAUGGUCAGGACAGGAGAUGAAUCCCAUUUGAGUACUCGGAUAACAUUCGAGCACAUCAGGAAACAAGCAUUCCGACUCAAAAGAGACGAUUGCGAUUUGGAAGGCAUUGAAGUAAUCCGGGUCUCUCUUGCGUUGGUAGUCGACUUCGUUACGACUUUGCAGCAAAGAGAAGACGUUGCAACGCCAAGUGGAAUGAAUAACCAUACCAUAGACAGAUCUCUUUGUCCAUCGGAUGACCAGAACAGCUAUGUCGAUCUUGCUCUCAGCGCUGAUGUAUGGGCAGAGAAGAUCUUGCAACAAACUGAUGAACUUGGAUUCGAGAAUUGUCUACUUCUUGCCGGAAACACAACCACACCUGACCUUAUCCUCAACGCUCUACAAUGA